AUGGAAGAAGGACGGACCGAGGAGACUCGCACGGAAGAAUUCACGGAAAGAAGAAAAGAGAAGUCGAAGAGAAGUGAGGACGAAGUCAAGGGGAGAAGGGCAGGGUGGAAAGAAGGAGAAGAUGUUGGGAGCUGGCCGGAUGUCGAGGAAGUUGGCUGUGGUUGGUGGAGAGGACUCCUCUUCAGCUUCAAAAUUCCCACAAUCCAAUUGUCGCGGGUCUCGCUGGCCGGUGUCUACGAAAUUCAAGCUCUACAGUCCUGA